GCGUGCUUCUCCCGAAGGACUCGAUGUCCUGUUUUCUCCCGACGGAAGUCCUUUCCAAUAAUUUUUCACUUUUCUUAUCACUCAAAAACACUCCCUUAUAAAAUAAAAAUAAUGCCAACAAAAUAUCGAAACUAAUUUUUUCUCUUCUCUAAACAAACUAGAACUUUAAUUCAAAUUUUAAAAUGUAAACCGAAACUUUUUUUUGCACAUACACUUAAAAUAAUUCAUCAAACUAAUUUUCUUUUCAAGACUAAGAUUUUAUUUUUUGGAAACGUCUGUAAAAUGUUACAAUUAACCAAAUUUUGUUUGAAUAUAAAAUUAUAUAAUUUGUAAAAUUAUGAAAUCAAUUCUGUGUGAAAAAUUUAAAAUUAAACAAAAAACCCUGAAGACUUAUCGAAGUGAACCAAAGUGAAAAUUGGUAAAAGUGGUGGUAUUUUGUAAAAUUGAAAAAAGUGUAAAGAAAAUUGUUUUUCUUCGAGGAAAAGUUAUUUUUUCUACGAGUUAUUUUUCCUAAUCCAGUAUAUUUCUAAACAAUUCAAGAGAAAUUGAGGAGAGAGUAUAGCAAAAAAAUGGAUAACUUUGAGAGGAAUAUUACAAAUUUCGAUAAUCUCAGUGAACAGGAGUAUUUAACGAAGAUAUUGGGACCUCAACAUUUACCCUCGGAACUUGUAAUACCGAUAACGUUGAUUUAUGCAACAAUCUUCAUUACAGGAGUCUUUGGGAAUUUGAUCACUUGCAUUGUUAUUAAAAGAAAUCCUACCAUGCAAACGGCGACUAAUUACUAUCUAUUUAGUCUAGCUGUAUCCGACCUGCUGCUUCUUGUUCUCGGUUUACCGAACGAGAUCUACGUAUUUUGGCAGCAAUAUCCUUGGGCGCUUGGAGUUGUUUUAUGCAAAAUAAGAGCAUUUGUGUCAGAAACGUCUUCUUACGUGUCAGUAUUAACGAUAGUGGCCUUCUCAAUGGAAAGAUACGUCGCAGUGUGUCAUCCCCUGCAUCUAUAUGCGAUGAGUGGCUUGAAACGUCCACUGAGAUUUAUUCUCCUUGCUUGGAUGUUAGCACUUGUAUGCGCAAUUCCAUUCGCGGUGUAUACCAACGUAAAUUACCUGCACUAUCCUAUUGGAUCGGAAAAUAUUUCCACAGACUCCGCAAUGUGUGCAAUGCUUCGUGACAAUAUGCCUGAUUUUCCUCUGUAUGAACUGAGUUGUUUGAUAUUUUUUUUAUUACCAAUGCUGCUGAUGGUUGCACUCUACACGCAAAUGGGUCGCACGAUACAAAGUACUUCUUUGGGGCACUCUCUCGAAGGUACUAUUCACGGAGAAAACAGACACGCUCAAUCCAAGAAGACCAUCAUACAAAUGCUCACUGCUGUCGUAAUCACAUUCUUUAUUUGUUGGGCACCAUUUCACGCGCAAAGGUUGAUCUACGUUUAUGACGAGAGUGGAGCCUUGACCAGUGUGAACGACUGGUUGUAUCCAAUUGCUGGGGUAUUGUAUUACUUCAGUACAACUGUAAACCCAAUUUUAUACAAUGUAAUAAGUACCAAAUACAGGGUAGCCUUCAAGGAAACACUAUGUUGCAAAUCGACUGGCUCACAUGUUGGUAGGGACGAUCUCAGUAGUAUUCGCGAUCCCUUUGGAUCUUCAAGAAGAGGAUCUCAACUUAUUCGCGUACGAAGUCUCUUUGAAAGGCAUCAUCGCAGUUCACAAAAAAGUUUAAAUCUCACGAAACAAAAUUCGAGAUCUUCGGGGCGAAUGAGAUCGUUUACUACUGAAGAAAAAGAAGAGGGCCAUAUGGCAUCGGAAGCAGUUAAUAUCAACGAAACAUCCGAAAAGUUAUUGGAAUCGACAAAAUUCUCAGUUGUUGUGCAAAAUUGCAAUGGUCAAAUAAAAUGUCACACAACUGUUAAAGAAGAAACUAAUGUCCCUUCGGAAACACCAAUUUAAUCAUUAUCAUCGAAAACAAAAACAAAUCAAUCAAAAGAAGAGACUUUUUUCUAAUAUAAAAUAUUAAAAUUAAAGAAUAUACGCUGAAAAAAAAUUUA